AUGUCGAAGAAGCAGGAGUAUAUCGCGAAGGUCAGGUACCAGAACGAACUGCCACCUCCCUUACUACCGCCCAAACUACUAAAGUAUAAAUUUGCUCCCGAGGAAGCGGUGGAAUCGCCACAACUUGUAACUUCACUCUACACCAAAACUAAUGUUACACCACUGGUGAAGCUGAACGAGGAUCUCAGCAUGCCGCUAGAUUUGACCAAAAUUCCUGGUGUAUUAAAUCGUAUGGAUACGAAAUAUCUUUAUGGGUUUGAUAACAUCAAAUUGCAGCCUGAAGACCGUGUACUAUUAAGAGAUCCAAGAGUUGAUAGGCUCACGAAAACAGAUAUGUCCAAAGUCACUUUCCUGAGAAGAACUGAAUACGUAUCCACAACUACGACUUCUAAGCACAAUAUAAAGAAGAGAAGUGCUUCAGAAUUGGCAAAUGAGGAGGACGAACUGUUAACACCAGUGCAAAUCGUGAAGAGGGUGGAGAACACAUUCGAUAGCAUUUCUGAUGACUUGUCAAAGAUUUCCCAUCCUACCAAGAAAAAAGUCCAUGCAGUUAAAACCUGGGAUUUACUUCCCGACACGGUUGCAAUGGACCAGACAUUUUUCACCAUUAGGAUGAUCGGGUCUGCAGCAUUGGAGAGCGCUGAGAAAAAUAAGCUUGCACUGUCAACAGCACUAUUUAGACCAGUUGAGUUGGAAGAAGAUGAAUGGGUCACGCUAUAUACGACAGACCAAGAUAGCUCGAAGGCCUUCGAGCGAAACUUUGAGCAACAAAUCGACGACGUUCCCGAGGACGAUGACAGAGUCUACAAAUUUAGGAGACUAAGAGAUUUUGAUAUGAAGCAUGUGCAGCCUUCAAGUGGAGGUUUAUUCAGUGAGCUUACUUUAAGAUUCAAUGACGAAAGAGGUGUGGUGUAUUACACUCCUCUCCGGUCAAGAAUUGAGCUUAGAAGGCGGAGAGUCAAUGAUGUUAUUAAGCCCUUAGUAAGAGAGAACAAUCUUGACCAAAUAAACAUCAAGCUCAGAAACCCGACAACGCAAGAAACGAAGCUGCGGGACAGAAUCAGGAUGAAAUUUGAUCCUAUUGACUUCCCUGCAAUUGAGGACGAUGAAGAAGAGACAAAGAAUAAUCAAGAGCUCACCAACACGGAUGACUUAGAAUUGAACGUAGAUGAUCAGCACCAUGACGAAAAGGAGGAUGGAAACCGUGACAAUCAGCUUGGUCACGAGCCUGAGGAGAAGACGCAAAAUAGUUUGAGCAAUGAAGCGGAGCCCGAUAUCAAGGCAGAAGCAGAAGGUCAUGCAGCUCAGGAUACUACCGAAACGUAG